AUGCCUGAGAAGCAAACUUCGAAAUCUCAUUGCCGCGAGCAAGAUCUCGUAGGAAAAGUAGCAAUUGUCACCGGAGCGACCAGAGGGAUCGGGUAUGCGAUUGCACUUCACCUUGCGAAGCGAGGUGCCGGCAUUCUGGUUACAUCUACAGGCGCUAGCAAGCACGUUGACGAGCUGCGGGAAGAGGUGAGGUCCCAGUGCGCACAGUGCGGGAACCAGCCUCCGAAAGUGGUUCAUCAAGUCGCUUCCUUAACGUACCUGGACGCACACAGCAAGAUCGCAAAUGCAAUUCAGAAAGAAUUCGACAGCCACGCAGAUAUCUUCAUCAACAAUGCCGCGAUAACCGACCGCACAUUUCCUGGCGAGCUUGAGGCAGAAACAUUGGACAAACUACUAUUAUGCAAUAUCCGGACGCCGGCGAUGAUCGUGGACGAGUUAGUGAAGAGACGGUAUUUCAGGAAGGAAAGCAGAAUCGUCUUCAUCAGUAGCGCCGAGAGCGUCAACUGCGAGCCUGCAGUUACCAUCUACGCCUCGACGAAAGCUGCCAACGAAGCAAUGACUCGCUGUUAUGCCAACGCGUUCGGCGGAAAGAAUCCUGCGUUUGAAUUUAUGGCUGGAACCACCGCCAACAGCGUGCUCACGGGCCUGACGGAGACGGGAGGAGUGCAGCAAUAUGGACCAAAGGUGUGGGAGGAGUUGCAAGAUUUUUGGGUAGGCAAACAAAAAAUACCGCGGUUAGGGCAGCCCGACGAUGUGGCAGAUGUGGUGGGAUUCUUGUGCAGCAGAGAUGGUAGAUGGAUCACGGGGAGCAAGGUCAGCGCCAAUGGGGGGAGUGUUGCGGUCAUUUAG